AUGGGCCUCCCGGACCCAUCAGAAACACCAGACUACACAGCCUGGACACCCUCCCAACUCCAAAAACGCAUCGCCGACCUCGAAAGCCAGUUGCGCGAAAACCGCAUCGCUCCCAUCCCUGAUCCUUCGACUGUGCUGUUGCCGCCAAAGAAGAAGCAAAAGCAAGAUCGCCCUUUCGAUGCUAGUCGCUACAAUACAAGACAUGUUGCGCUGAAGUUUGCGUAUCUGGGUCAGAGGUACAAUGGCUUCGAGCAUCAUACGGGCAACAAAACGCCUUUGCCUACGAUUGAGGAAGAGUUGUGGAAGGCCUUGACGAAGACACGGUUGAUUUUCCCUUCGAGGCAGGGCCAAUUGAAGGAGGGGGAGAUCGAUUGGGAAGGCACGGAUUACUCCAAAUGCGGCAGGACGGAUAGGGGUGUCAGUGCCUUUGGCCAAGUCAUUGGUAUCCGGGUGAGGAGUUCGCAGCCUACGCCAAAGCAAAAGAAGCCAGCAGCACCACAAGAAGAAAAUGCAGAUGCCAUGCAAGGUAUUGAGGGAAAUGCAAAAGAGCAGGAAACAAAGAAGGAGGAGGAAGAGCAGCAGAAGCCAGAGAAAUCUUGGGAUCAUAUCAGAGACGAGCUACCGUAUAUCCAGCUGCUGAAUCGUGUCUUGCCCGAAGACAUCAGGGUGCUCGCUUGGUGUCCAACUCCUCCUCCCGACUUCAAUGCCAGGUUCAACUGCCGCGAACGUCGAUACCGCUACUUUUUCACCCAACCUGCUUUUGCGCCUGUCCCUGGAGAUGCAGGUUUGCUGACCACAGCAACUGGAAAGACGUUAAGAGAAGGAUACUUGGAUAUUGAAGCCAUGCGGGAUGCAGCAAAGAGAUAUGAAGGUUUGCACGAUUUCCGUAAUUUCUGCAAGGUCGAUCCAGCAAAGCAGAUUACAAACUUUGAGAGAAGGAUCUUCCAGGCGUCGAUUGAAGAGGUUGAUGUGAGUCAGACGCCCGCAGGUUUUAUCUCGCAUCCGGCGUUUGCUCAAAGCGCAAAUGGGGAGAACAAAACAGGCACGAACGGUGACUUGAGCAUUCCAAAGAUCUACACUUUUGAUGUCAAUGGAUCUGCCUUUCUGUGGCAUCAGGUGCGCCAUUUAGUCGCAGUCCUGUUCCUGGUCGGCCAAGGGUUUGAACCUCCGUCAAUCAUCUCGGAUCUGUUGGAUAUGGAGAAGUAUCCCACAAGGCCAAAGUACGAGAUGGCUACAGACGCUCCGCUGGUUCUUUGGGAUUGCCUUUUCCCCGAUCAUGCCGACAAUGAUCAGAGCAGAGAAGAUGCAAUGAACUGGAUAUAUGUAGGCGAGACCGGCGGCCGCGAAACCAACAAGCGACCCGAUCUCGAUGGCGGAGACAGUAAAUUCGGAAAAGGAGGGAUCAUGGACUCGAUCUGGGAAGUGUGGCACAAGCGCAAGAUGGACGAGAUCCUAGCAGGCAGUUUGAUGGACAUUGUAGCUGCACAAGGCAAGCGAUCGCCUGCAGAUGUCAAGUUGGCUCCAGCGACAGAGAGAAGUCCCAGGCUAUUUGAUGGAGGCGAUUGGCCGAGACCAGUAGGCACUUAUGUUCCGAUUGCCAGCAAACAGAGGAUGGAGCCUGUGGAGGUGGUGAAUGCUAGAUACCUUGAGAGAAAGGGCCCUUAUAAGCCCAAAUUCAUGCGCAAGGAUGAGGGAGACGAGUAG